AUGUACAUAUAUGGACUUGCAGACAAGUUGCUGCGCCUUCUGACCCCAAUUGCCAUCUGCUUGACCACCUAUCUCUACCUCUAUCCGAUUUUCCACGGUUGUGCUUUUCCGUCGAGAGAUCUCUCCUCUGUCACCGCGCUCACUGAGACCCUCAACCAACAUUGGUCACCUUGGCCCGACCUCGACGCGCACUCCGACCAUCCACAUAUCCCUUUCCGACUGCUGGCUCUCGCUGAUCCGCAGCUUGAAGGGGACAGCUCCCUUCCCAGGCCCGAGGAUGGGUUGUUGCCUAGGCUAAGGCAGCAUUGGGCGCAACUAUCAACUGAAGAACCACAAUAUUGGCUGUCCUCUGCGUAUGAGAUUGUGCAGGAAGUCGUUUUCAAGAACCUGCCUGAAGCACUGCAAACCCUCCGAAAACGACUUGAUCUAUUUGGAAACGACUACUAUUUGGGGCACAUAUAUAGAACACUUCAUUGGUGGACAAAGCCUACCCACGUUGCCGUGCUUGGAGACCUCAUCGGUAGCCAAUGGGUCACGGAUGAAGAAUUCGCGUGGAGAGGGUGGAGGUUUUGGAAUAGAGUCUUUGCUGGUGCUCGUAAGGUGGAAGAAGACGUCACGAGCCUGUACAAUCAAGAGCAAGGAGCCAUUUUCGAGAUGGAUGAUGCCGAUUGGAAGCACCGAAUCAUCAAUAUCGCUGGCAAUCACGACAUUGGAUAUGCCGGGGAUGUUUCUCGACAGAGGAUGGAUCGGUUUGAAAAGGUCUUUGGGAGGGCCAAUUGGGACGUCAGGUUCCGAUAUCCCCAUCGAAGCAGCCCGAAUACUUCGAUCGAGACCGAAACCCAGCCAUCGUUGCACCUGAUUGUCUUGAACAGCCUCGUGCUAGACUCCCCUGCGCUAUCAGAGGAAGUUCAGGCCGAAACUUUUGGGUAUCUGAACGAUCUGAUCUCUCAUCGUCUGCGCCCUGUUGAAGAUAGCUCGUCUUUCACACUUCUGCUCACACACCUACCACUUCACAAGAAAGAAGGAGUCUGCGUCGAUCCCCCCUUUUUUGACUAUUGGGGUGAUGACGAUGGCGGCGGAGUCUAUAAACCCCAUGGAGUGAGAGAACAGAAUCACUUGAGCGAACAGACGAGUCACAGGGGUACUUUGCAGGCGUUGUUCGGCAUGAGCGGCGAUAUCGGAGUGCCAGCUCAAGGCAAAGGUCGCAAGGGUCUCAUUCUGACUGGCCACGACCACGAGGGCUGUGAUGUCUGGCAUUUCAUCCCCUCUGGAUCGACCAUGGCCACAUCAGCAGAUGGCACUGGAGAAAAUCAGCAAACCUCGUGGGACAGCUGCAAAUGGCGGGACGCAAAUCACCGCAAUGCACAUACAGGAAUUCGAGAAAUCACACUCCGCAGCAUGAUGGGGGAUUACGGGGGCAAUGCAGGACUUCUCAGUGCUUGGUUCGAAGACGAUGUUGGUGAAUGGAGGUACCGCAUUCAAACGUGCGGUCUGAACAUCAAGCUCUGGUGGGCCGUCCAUGUUGUUGACUUGGUGGUUUUGUGCCUUUUUGGUGUUGGCCUUUGCCAUCGUUUACAACGUAUUGUCAGGACACCUUCAGCAGAAAGACCAGUUGUCUCGGAAUCAAAGUCCGAAAAUCCAUUCCGAUGA